AGGGAAGCGGUGCCCAUGGAUGCUUUGCCCAUCACACCAGGAGAGCUGCUGUGUUUGGGCUCCAGCCUGGCCUUCUCCGGCCUGUUCUUCUACCUGCACAGAAGGAAAGCCAAGGUGGCCGCCAAGAUCCAGGAAGCUCCAAAGCUGCAGGUUGGCGACGAUCUCUCCAGCAUCCUCUCCGCCACGGGUAGCGGCUGCCUGCGCUAUGCUGCCAUUGAAGGUAUAGUCCAACCGGCUGAGGCGGCGCUGACCAGCCCCUACCACAAGGAAUUGCAGGGGGUGAUUGAGAGAUUGGUGCUGAAGGAGCAUCGGCUGGUGUGGAACAGCUUGGCUCGGAGCUGGACGGACAGCGAGCGGGUGGUGCUGGAGCAGGUGCACACAGCCCCCUUUGUCCUGGCGUCACCCGGUGGCAAGGCGGUGGGACAGGUGAAAGUGGAGUCCCCCCUCCGUGCCAUCCAGCUGCCCUUGGAGACAGUGUACGAGCGCUUCCAGCAGACCUCCCAUGGCUUCAAGGACCUGCUUGGCCACUAUCUGAGUGGCGAGAAGCCCAAGGGUUUCCUGGAGACAGAAGAGAUGCUCUUGGUAGGCAGCAGCCUCACCGGCAUCGGGGAGCUUGUCCUGCACCCGGAUGGCUCCCUCCACCUCCAACCCCCGGCUGACGGUGCCGGCUACUUCCUGCGCCUGGGUGACUGGCAGACGCUGCUGGCCGAGUUGGAGUCCGCCAGCAGUUUCUGGAAGUGGGCCACCCUGCUCUGUGGCUUGGCGGCCGCCGCCACCCUCCUGCGCGCCCUCUGCCGAGCCUACCAGCGCCACCGGCUCAAGCAGGAGAAGGAAGAAGAGCGGCGGGCAUUCGAAGACCUCCAGCUCCACAAGGGCCUGGCCCGGGAGGCCGACGAAGAGCUACCUGCCAGCACCUGCGUCAUCUGCCUCGCCAACCCCCGGCAGUGCGUCCUCCUGCCCUGCGGCCACGUCUGUUGCUGCUUCCGCUGCUUCCAGGCCUUGCCCCGCCGCACCUGCCCCAUGUGCCGGAGCCCCAUCGACCGCGUGGUCCCUCUCUAUCAGGCCUGA